UUUUAUGUUUAUUUGUAAUAUUUCGAGGAAGGCUACUGAAUGUCAGACAGACAGCAAAGAGCGUGUUGGGCCUUUGGGGGAGCAUCAGUUCUCCUGUGUGCUGGCUGUCGCCAACACGCGUGCGCAGUCGGGCUCUCCAUCAUUUCCAAUAUCCCAGUGUAGGAGAAGCAGCCGAGGCAGAUAGAACUAAUGGGUAGGUAGGUUUCCUUUUCUCCCCCCCUUAAGAUCUGAAAGAGCCCUCGCUUGGACUAUUCGCCGUUCUAUCGCCAAUGUGCAUUCACUGUGGUACUCGGGAAGCGUGGGAAUAUCACCACCCAGCUGCGUCUGGGAAACAACAUGUUGAAUUCACCCCGCUUGCUCAUCUGACACAAAGGACAAAUGGUAGCAAAAAGUUAGGCCGAAGGUGUGCGCGUGUGGAGCGCAGCCGUUCCCGACCCUCUUCCUGAGUGGGAUGGCAGUAAUGGAGCUCUGUGUGGCAAUCAGCACCGCGGCCAUGAAGCAACUAAAAGGCCGCCCUGCCGACUGUUGGAAGACGAAGAUGGCGUGCGUCGUCGAGACUCCGCUGGAUGUCUGACAGAAGUAGCGGUGAGGUGUGAGCGCAAAUCCACUUGAGCAAUGAAUGGCGGAAAGGACUGUGAGGCGGGCGAAGAGAGGCAGGCCGCCCCUGUCCAAGUCCCCAUCGGCUGGCAGCGCGUGAGGGAGCACGGCGGCAUCUUGUAUGUCAGUCCCAGUGGCUCUGUGCUCUCCAGUUUGGAUCAGGUGAAGAACUACCUUCUGACGGACGGGACCUGCAAAUGUGGUCUGGAAUGCCCGCUCGUCCUCCACAAGGUGUUCAACUUUGACCCGGGAGCUAUGGUCAAGCAGAGGACAGCGGAGGACGUCAAGUCGGACGAGGACGUCACCAAGCUGUGUAUUCACAAGAGGAAACUUCUGGCUGUGGCUACGCUGCACAAGAGCAUGGAGAGUCACCCUCCUCUCACUCUGAGCGGCCCUGUCAGAGGUACGCCGGCCGUGUCGCAUUCCGCGAGUCAUCGAGCAAUAAGGACGGUAGCCCACGAUGUCCUGGUUAGCGCCGCCGGGCCAGACUGCAAGAAUCCUUACAAGAUGGCGAUGGCGGCCGGCCACCAGCAGCAGAUGUUUCCACCUCAGGAGAUGGGCGGAGGGCAGCAGGCGGAGCUCUGCGCCGGCUACUCCAGGCUGCAGAGGUUGCCCGGCGGCGACCCGGGCCCCAAAUCCCCUUACCGGCUCGGCUACGGAGGCAUGUUGAGCCCACCCAUCUCCGGCACCAAACAUUGCGGCGAUGGCUCGCAGUCGCCCCGCGCGGACACGCUGGCUAGCCCGGAGGCCUUUCGAAGAAGCAGUUCCUGCGCAUUUCCGGGCGCAGGCAGUCCCAGCUCGGCUUCCAUCCACGCCAACUCCAGAACGCCUCUUUCCCCACCGAGCAUGAUGCUCCACGGCUCCCCUGCGAGCCAAGCAGCCUGUGCCAUGGCGAGAAGGACUAGCACGCCGCUCUCGCCCACAGCCACUGCCAAAAGCCCCGUCAUGAACAAUAUGCCCCGCGGGAACUUCCCCUAUGCCAUGGACGUGCCCGCUGCAGCCUUCCACCAUAAAGCGCAUGCCGUACCGCCACCUCCGCCUCCUCCCUCUGUGCCACCCUCCUGCGUCCUGCAAAAGAGGCAAUUGAUGUCUGAAAAAGACCCCUUGGGUAUCCUGGACCCGAUCCCCAGCAAGGCUCCUAGCCAGCCCCCAGCCAACGCCCCAAACUUCCAGCCUAACAUCCACACUCAGGUAUCAAUGAUGAAUGUAAACAUCCCCCCUCCUGCCAGUGUCCCUUUGCCAAGUAACUUACCCUUGCCCACCGUCAAGCCCGGGCCCGUGGGCCACGGCGGCCAAGUUCCGAGGACUCAACAGAGCGCUCCGGCUUCGUCCGUGCCGCCGUCCCCGGUCACCUCCCCGGUUCACAUGGCGGGAUCGGCCCUGGGGCGAGCGGAAGCUUCGCCCCAUCGCUCGCGCUCGUCGUCAACCUCCUCCGAGCACGGGAACUUUGCCGUGCCGUCGGGGCAUCAGGCCGCAUGCGGCGCCUUGAAGGUCCCCCCUCGGUCCCCGAGAUCGGCCAUGGGCUCCCCCAGGCCGGCUAUGCCCCCCAGCCCUUCCGGCAACAGGAAUGACUCCAUCCAUCAGUACCGAGAUCCCCAGCUGCUUGGCGCCCUUCAGCACAGCAACGCCGCCGCCGCCACGUACUCUCCGACCUCCUCCUCUUCCUCCUUGCCCUCACCUAGCGCUUCCCAGAAGGGCCAGGCAGGACUGCUGAGGAUGCCCCUCAACCAGAUUCUCAACCAACAGAAUGCUGCCUCCUUCCCAGCCAGCAGUCUCCUGUCAGCAGCAGCCAAAGCACAGCUAGCACAUCAAAACAAACACGGCACUCCCGGUGCGGCGGCGGCGGCAGCGGCUGCUCUAGCGGGUGGCGGGGCAAACGGAGGCGGCGGGCACCCUGGCUCCACCAGCGCUCAUCCCGGCCUGGAAGGACACAGCACUUUAAACUCCAUGCUCCCGCCUAACUUCACCAUGCUGCUCAACUGCCCCGAGGGUCAGAGCGGUCGAGCGGCUCUCCGAGACAAGCUGAUGGCUCAGCAGAGGGACCCCAUACGCAAACGAAGGCAACCGUCGGGCAACGCCUCGGUCAACCACGACGCCAACAUGGGCUACGGCACACUCAGCAAAGCUAACAUGGGGGCGCCGCAGAUGGCAGCAGAGCAGGCGCGAAAGGCCGGUCGUCUCGGAAACCUCCCGCCCAACGCCUCCAUGGCCCAACUCCUCCAGUCCAUGAGCAGCCAGAGCUCCCACAACAUGGGCCACCACCCCGGCCUCAGCCCAGGACCGUCUCCUCAAGGAGCCCCUCAGCUCCACUACAACGACUCCACGGCCAAGGUCCCCCAGCAGAACGUCAUGGGCCAGCAGAGGCUUCGGGUCCAAGCGGACGGCAUGCAGAGUUGUCCCGGCAUGGAUGCCGCAGGAGGUCAGUUGGGCUCGCGGCAGGGUCAGUUUCCCGACAUGAUGUCCCAGAUGGAGGCCGCCGCCUUAAAUAACUGUGGGCCUCGAGGUUCCACCGCUGGACUCGUCGCCCCCGACGGCAGGCCGCUCGGACGCCCGCACACCAAUCCCCCGCCGCUAUCCCAUUCCGGGCCUCACCCCUCGCAGCACAACCUCCAUCAUAGAGUAGGACAGACUAACAUGGCGGUAAUGGCGACCGGAGAUGGAAGUUGUACAAAGAACAUGUCUGACACAGGAAGCUCGUCUUCCCUCGGCCCGCAGCCUCACGUCAACCGAGGACGCCUGUACAUGCAGCAGGGCGGGGCCUACCAGACUCAGCAGCACUUCUCCGACAACAACCCGCCUUACGCAGACGGCGGCAACGCCAACCUUGACUCCGUGGGUUGCCGCUACCAGAUGUACCAGCAGGGGGUGAUGGCGCACCCGCAGUUUAGCGAGGGGCAGCCGCGCCAGAGCGAAUGCUUACCGGCCGGAGCCCCCGGCAGAGGCUCGGAGUCCGUGGACGCCAUCUACAGGGCUGUGGUGGAUGCCGCCAGUAAGGGGAUGCCAGUAACCAUCACCACCGCCACGAUGAGCGGGAGCACACAGGCCAGCCCCGUGCCUGCCCUCAGCGCCAUGAGUGCCUUCACCGCCUCCAUCGGGGAGCCCGGCAAGCUCCCCCACGGGGUCGCCGCGCCGGUGCACGGAGAAGGGGAGGUUUUGUCGCAGCAGGCCAGAAGCAGGCAGCUCAGGCCGGCGGAAGGCCAAAAGAACGCCGACGCGGGCAAGAGCACCCCGGAGGCCAACGACUACUUCCGCGGAACUCCGAGGGGACAGUGGGACGGUGGCGGUUGGGGUGCAGAAGAGUUCCUAGAGUGCUCCACGCAGGUGAGGAGCAGCCCCCGCAUGGAGCGAGCCGCCCCACCCUGCGUCACCAAUGGCUCCAACGACCACAGCGUGACCUUGUCCCACGGCAAGACCUUCCUGGACGACGGCUACCGCUUCAGCAACUGCAGCCGGACACCCGCUAACUACAAGGAGCGUCUGGAGCAGACGGUGGAACGUUGCGCUCACAUGAACGGCUCCGCCCCGCUCUUCAGCAGCCGGGGCUACGCAGACCUUCUGGGAGGCCCUCGGCAGGACUCGGCGGCCGACGACCAGUCUCCCGGCUCGUCCACGAGCCUCGAGGGCCCGCUAGCCGGCGCCAAAGACUACGGCCACUACAACGGCCACUUGAACGGGACGACGCCGAGCCCCUCGGACACCAAGAGCCUGAGCAGCGAGGAAGACCUGCGGCAGCCCGACUCGCCUUCCUCGGAGCUGCUCCAUUACCGCUCGGGGACCUUCAACAUGGGAGAGCUGGUGUGGGGCCAGCUGAAGGGCUUCCCCCCCUGGCCGGCCAAGCUGGCGGGGGACGAACAGGUCCACGGCGCUCCCCUGCAACUGCGAGAUCAACCCAAGGUUGAGCCAGACAAGCUCAAAACUUUAACGCACGACUUGGAGGCGCUCGACAGAGCUGCCAAAAGAGGCUUGAACAGGCCGGGGAAGCUGAAUAAUCACUUGGAAGCUGCUAUCCACGAGGCCAUGAGCGAGCUGGACAAAAUGUCGGGCACGAUCCCGUCAAGAGAUCGACAGGUGAAGAUGCCCAAGCCCAAAAGGAGGAAGAUCUCCAGAUAGCAAUGAAUGUGUCCUCCUCCUCGCUGCCGUCUGAGCUGUCCCAGGUGCUACACGUUGACGCUGCGUGUUCCCUCGCCGUGCCGCCGCGUCUUCACUUGACUUGCUGACUUUUGAGGUGCUGGAACGUCCAAUCACCAUUUUUACUCUAGUAAAAAAAAAAAAAUAAUAGAAUGAACCAUCAAAAAAGGUUGCAAUUUGUCUACAGCUUUCUUGAAGUACAGUAACUAUUUUUUUCUAGUAUAAGACAUUAAAAAGAGAGAGAGAGCGAGAGAGAGAGAGAGAGAGAAAAAAGCUCGAAGCAUUACCUUACAUAUUUAAGACAAAUAGACAGUCCAAAUAUUUCUGAUACAUUUUCAUGAUGUAAAUAGGUAAUCCCGAAAUGUCCUAUUAUUAAGAAAUGUAUGUAAAUAUUGUAAGAUGUAAUGUACAAGCGUACCUAAUGCACAUUUUAUCUUUUGUUGUACAAAAACAAAGCAGAAGUGUACCAAUGUCUUGGUUUCUAUCCCCUCGCGUUUGCGCGCGAUCAAUACACAAAACGGCUUUUAUACGACAAGCACUACGACCGUCUCAUUGAGUUGCUUUUUGUACACCGGCCUGUUACUUCAUACCUGAAAGUGUUCAUGAGAAGAAAAAAUGACAGAAUGAACUUUACCAGCAGAGAGUAUUCCGCCUUUCCACGAGCGCGAAUGUCGCUAGAUCUUCUUCACAAAGCAGAAACAUCAUUGUCGUCGUGACCUUUCUUGCACUUCCGCAGUUUCAUGACUUGAAAAUUUGGGCAAUUCUUUCCGAGUGAUUUUUUUUUUCUUUUUUUUUCUCAACUACAGAUUGCUUUGUUUUAUUUUUGUGGAGUAUUGCGUGUUGUCCAAACUCCUUGGAAUGUCAUUGUCCUCCCCCCCCAACAUUAAUGAUGAUCAAAAUUAACACUCGAGGGGUGAGAUGAUAUUCUCCCAUUUUUCGGGGCCUUGUAUUUCGUUCACAUCAGUUUGCUUGUUGUAAAUUAUUCCUGUACAGUUUUUCAUAUUUAUUUUAAGCUUUACAAAUACCCUAGAUGGCAAUAACACUACCAAGAGUUCAAAACUCAAGCCUUAUCUGUGUAUAUGUAUGUUUUGUUUGACUCGACCGCGUAUUCAUUCAUGAGGUCCCCUGUUUUAUUUAAGAAAUGAUCUUAACAGACUGUCAACCAUUCUACUUGUUUGUGUUCCAUAAUGUUUUAUUUAUAAAAAUGCUUACGUGAGAGAGAAAGAGAGAAGGAGGACGCUGUCUAUGUUUCAAAUAAAUGUCAUUUUACACUACUUCGAGCUCCCAAGUUAGACGUCACGGCUUGUUCGGUCACAACGGGCUGAAAUCAGCACAAAAUUUUAAAAAAGUGCAAUAAAGCAAUGAGACGAGAUGAUCAAAAGUUGGCCGAUUACCGUCUUGCCACUUUUUGGCGUGCUUACGUUGUCGCUACUUGCUCAGUGUGACGGAAAACAAAGAUGUUCAUGUUCCGCCUCGAACAAGCCUCGAGAGCCGACUGAAUCACCGCAGACAAACGCAAGCUUAGAGGAACAGUCGGCGGCAACAAAAUACAAACAGCGCAGUGGCGAAAUAAGCCAACGCGUUGGCAAAAGUUCAUUCUGUCUCCCUGUCUGCCUUGUUGACAUGCAGGCGGAGCCACUUUUGCACCUUUGUUUUGAUUUGAACCAUCCUCUCCCAUUCUCAGUAUUUGAUUUUUUUUUUUUUUCAACCUGUGAGUAUAUAUCUUGCCUCACCAAUAUAUACUUAACAGAUGAGAUUUGUGUGAAGUGUGCACUGAAUUGCUCCCAGAUUUUUUUCUGCAUUCAUGUGGCCGAAAUAUACAGUGUCGUUUGUCAGGGUCUAUUGUUUUUGUUUUUUUUAAUGGUUUGAUGUACGAAGCAUUUUUGUAAAUAUUGAAACACAUUACAGAUCAUGCAGUGAUGUAACAUGUGGAACGAUGUUGCACAGAUGUCUUAAGAUAUUAAAAAGUGGGCACUCUCACUUGAACGAGA